CGGCGAGUGAUUGAUUUCGAAUCCCCACUCUGGUGCUAGGUAUCUCCAUGUCAAGAAUCCUUUCCUCGCCUGUGCAUGAACGAAGUUUUUGAGCGACGCCUUCAGCGUCCAGGAUAUCGAAGCUGCGUCUCCUAUUUAAGGAAUGACUGUGGCUUCGGAUCCGAUGCCCUCCCUCCCGUCCAAUAUCGCCGAGAAGCCUCGACCCUCUGUUCCCAGCCGCACGUCGUCACUUAAAUACUGUCGCCCCAGCUGGAUGGAUGGAAAAGGUAAUUUCAAUUCUGGCAUUAGCUCGGCGAACGCGAGGACACCGGCCGAGACUCCAGCCUCGUCGUGGGGUACCAUCAGGUCCACUUUGACAGGCCGGAAUUUUAUAGCAGAGGAUGGGAAUUCUUUAGAAUUUCUAAAAGGCCCUCCAAGCGUCAGCUUGCCUCGAAGCUACUUGACACGGAGUACAUCACAUUCUGUGAAAACGAACAGGAGAUCCACCAGUUGCUCCGCAACAAUGCGGAAUACCACACGAGGAGAAAAAGUCAAGAGAUGGGCUGGGUUAACGCGAACAGCGAGCGAUUGGGAUGGCCUACGCAGAGAUCCUGAGUUGUGGUUCAGCGAUGGAGAUUGCCUGGUUCAUUUAUACGCCCGUGGCCAGUCGCGUCGCGGCCCUUCCUUCUGCGUUCCCUUCAGCGUUCUUCGUGAGAGCAAAUGUGGUGCCAUGUUCAGCCUCUGCUUUGCACAAAUGACGCCUGCUCAGUGUCCCACCAAUAGUCAGCCUCUGGGACGUGUAUCGAGUGGCUUCAGCACUCAACUUGCAGUGUCAAGUCCCAACAUAUGCGAGCUUUACAUUCCAGCACCAAGGGAGGCAACAAGGGAGGAUUCUUUCCAAUGGCACAUAACCACUCGCAAUUUCUUCGCCUUCGUUUUCGGGAAACCGCUGGUCGGGAAUCACAUGGGGAAGGCGUUGGUGGACCUGCAGCAGCGGAUGCAACUUUUCCGGUCGGGACGAAUUAACAACCAUCAAGAUUUCCUCGAUUAUGCCAAACACCAAGGGUAUCGAGACUUUGUGGAAUGUGCCGACUAUGCGUUGGCCAUGCUCUACUACGCCGAACACUACCAGUUGCGAGAUGUUUGGAUCGACGCCUUCGUUCAUUGUGUUGGCAUGAAUGACUGCCUAAGUCUCAGCUCUGAAUUUCAACUAGUAUCUCGCGUCACGAAAGCUCUGAUUACGAGGGCUUACUUGGAAAUGGAUAUUCACCUUAGCCGUGUAGCUAUCGCACUCGGCAACUUCCUCGAAGAUGAUAUGUCACCGGCCUUCCUUGGCCUCAGUGAUGGCGCUCGAGCCCACAUGGAUCGCUUCCGCUCAUUCUUGCACACCUUUUACGUCGAGAAGUUCGGUUACUGGCCACCACCCAAUGGCACUUCAUUCUCGAAAGUUUUGUACAAAUCUAUGUACUUUGACUUUAAGAACAUGUACGACUACUUGGCAGAUCUUGAGUCAAGCGACAACAUUUCAUCCCAGAAGCCAGCCAGCGGCGGAAUCUGCGUUCUACAGAAUGUUCUAGCUUUUAACCAGAGGCAUGACUUCGUUCCGCUACCCCAUCCAUUGCCAUUAGUUCCGGAACAUGUCGCGCCGAAUAGGAAGACUCAAUCACAAAAGACUCUACGAACCCUUACUCUGGGUUCUAAGCAGGCUAAGACCGAUCGGUACAUGACCACUCGUGCUGCACUUACAUCAGCGACCAAUACUCGCGAUAUUUCUGUGACAAGCUGCGCCCUCGUGCAGGCUUACAUGCGUUUCGAGCGGCAGUGUGCUCUCAACCAGCGAGAAGAGAAGGUUUCAAUGGCCGAUGCAAGAAAAGUCCGCUGGCUGCUCAUUUAUAGCACGCUCCAGUACUUGGUGUCUGCUAUUCGGGCCCCAAAAGAAGUUCGUGACACUGAGGAACCCACUUACCCUCUGUGUUGCUUAGUCACAGAGAAGUCUCCUUGGCAGAUUGGAACCAAAGCCCUAAACUCUCCUACGAUUCCUUCCGUCAAUGUGCCAGAGGCCAUCGAUAACUACCUUCCCGAAUCGAAAUGCGAGGUCCCAAACGAGCUCACUCGCGGUACCCCAAAGGCCUCGACAAUUCAGCCCGACUGCCAGAAUGAAGACUACUUCACGCAUACGAAUCCCGAUUCAACGCCUAUAAUUAGUCGGCUUGUUUCGGUCGAAGUGCCCGCUCCUCUCCGAAUCUCAUCGCCAAUUACACAAAACUCUUCCAUCAGGUCUUUCAAGCACCUCUCUCUGUCUGCCCUCAGCUCACGCAGGAAUAGUGUCGUCUUGAAGACGCCUUCCCAGCCGUUCUGUGAGAUUAUUGUUCAUGGAUAUGGGAACGGUCUGAAUGAUACGAUUAUUGAUCCACCAUCGCAAAGAAUCUCACGCUCGGAGGCUGUCAUUUGCUCAAAGCAUUCGUCCGGGCCUAUAAUUCCCAAUGGUGCUGAGCCAGAGACUUCGUGGUUACGGCCGUCAACGCCAGACCAUGCAAAGCAUUUAGGACGACCCGGGAAUCUCGUACUCGACACUGGGUCCGCGCUCGGACAAGCACGAACGCCUAUACUCGACUCUUUUGAAUUUGACAACCUUGUCAGCCCCGUUAACACAGAUAAGCCUCAUCAGUCUCCAAGCUCCUCCAACAGCGCCACGUCUAUGCACAGCGCUAUGUGGAGUGAUGGCGACUCCAGCUCCACAUCUUCGAAAUCUAGUGCCGAUGCUGGCCGAUCGGAUUCUAAGUUAGGCACUACAGAAGACAAUAGUCAUCCCAGCGGCUUUGCUCUUGUUGACAACACCCCCUCAUCGAGUGCUCAGACAUCCCCAAAGAGGAAUUCAGCUACAACACCCAAUCGCCGUAGCGAAUUCUGCUUUAGCUUCAACAGCCCCUCCUCUGAAAGUUCCUUUGUACUAGCGCAAUCCUCAGACUUACCUGUCCCUCUCUCUGUCGAUUCCAAUAUCGGAAUCGCCAUCUCAGCUCCUCCGCCGAUACCAACAUAUAUACUACCGCCCCCACCCCCAGCCACCACCCCUAACUUCGAUAUCCUUCCUACUCUGGACGAAAAGCCACGCCCUCUUCCAAGGUCAUUUUCCAUGGAAAGCUUAGCCUUUCCCCCUUCGUCGACCUCUAAGGCUAGGAAAGAGAACUCCAUGGACAUUUUCGCUGCUCUAUCGCUCGCACCUGCACAAUCGAAGAAUGAAACCCCAGCUGGGCGAAGCGCGAGUGAGACUUGUAGGGAUAUUGAAGCCGCAGUCCCGCCACCGAUCUCUAAGAAGGCCCAGCAAGUCCACAGCACCAAAGUCGUCGAUGACCAAGAGAGAGGUCGAAAGAAGGAGCGGAGGAAGAGUUUGGGGCUUAUGCUGAGGAGAAGAUAGAAGUUGAAAAGUCACUCGUGCCGCGCGACUUCGUUCACGUUUUGUAUUCCUUAUGGUCUUUCUUCUCUACUAGUAUCUCAUCUCAUCUCAUCUCAUUUCAUUUAUCAAAUCUUAGCAUGGUGCAUCAGGCUACAUAUAGCGCGAGGUAAAUUAACUUGUCCUGACGCAGAUACACAGACGCUCACUCAAAAGCUUUUCUCUACCUUGAUUUCUAGUUUUAGUUUUGUUCAGCGCUUUGGUUUGUUAUACCCAUCGUCGAUUACGCAGCUCGGUCGACACUUAAAUAUAAUGUCUUGUAUAUUUAGCGGCACGUUGGUUGAGUAGGAGUGAUAUGGUGCGAAGUGAAAGCACGCAUAACGGAAAUGGAAAUAUAUAAUUGAAGACCACGAACCCCUGCGACUUUG